GACUUCCGCUGCUAUUGUUGUCGUUGUUGUUGUUGCAACCAUUAAGCGGAAACUUGUCUUUUCUCCCAGUCUUUCCAUUCGAAUUAAACCUUCUCCUGUCAAGAUGGGUUCUAUGCCAGAAGAGAAGAUCGAAUAUGUCGAUGUCUUGCUCGUUGGAGCGGGCUUCGCAUCCUUUACAUUGUUGAACAGACUACGAAAGCUCGGUCUGUCUGUUCGGAUUUACGAAAAGGGUGCAGCGAGUGGUGGAAUUUGGUACUGGAACUGCUAUCCUGGCGCUCGAGUGGACUCGGACACGCCCAUCUACCAACUAUUCGAUAAAGAGCUCUGGGAAGACUUCACAUACAAGGAGAGGUAUCCCGCAUGGCCUGAGCUGAGAAGGUACUUUCAGCACGUCGAGAAGAAGUGGAACAUUAGCGAGUACACGACGUACAACAAGUGCGUAGACACUGCCACCUUUGACACCAAGACGGAUCUCUGGACCAUUGAAUCCUCCGACGAGACCAAGAUUCAAGCUCGUUGGUUCAUGCCAUGCAUUGGAUUUGCUUCGAAGCACUAUUCGCCACCCUUUCCCGGUCUGAGUAACUUCAAGGGAGAAGUGUACCACACUGCCAAAUGGCCACAACACGGCGUCAACUUCCGUGGCAAGCGUGUCGCUGUCAUUGGACAAGGCGCAUCUGGCAUUCAAACCGUGCAAGACCUCAGUCCCAAAGUCAAAGAAAUGACCGUCUACAUCCGAACUCCCAACCUCUGCCUACCCAUGAACCAGCGAACUCUCGACCCCGAAGAAGAAGAGCGCAAGAAAAAAGACGGAACCUACGAAAAAGCCAUCCAAGACACCCGCUCCACCUUUUCCGGCUUCACCUACGACUUCAUCGGCAAAAACACCUUUGACGACACCCCCGAAGAGCGCGAAGCUUUCUACCACAAACAACUCGUCCAAGAAGGCGGUUUCAAAUACUGGCUCAACACCUACGACGACAUGCUCUUCGACAACGCCGCCAACGACGAAGCCUACAAUUUCUGGCGCAAAACCGUCCUCAAACGCGUCACCGACCCGGAAAAACAAAAAAUCCUCGCCCCUGAAAUCAAACCUCACCCCUGGGGAACCAAACGCCCCUCUCUCGAACAAAACUUCUACGAAGUCAUCGACAAACCCCACGUCGAACUCAUCGACCUCAACACCAACCCCAUUCAAACCGUCGAAGAAAAAGGUCUGGUAACACCCUUAGGACUCAAAGAAAUCGACGUAUUAAUUCUCGCGACGGGAUUCGAUUCCGUGACGGGUUCUCUCGCGCAAUUGAAUAUUCGAAAUGUGCAGGAUGAGACGAUUGCGCAUCAUUGGAGGGAUGGAACGAGGACUUCGAUGGGGAUUGCUAUUCCCGGGUUUCCGAAUAUGUUUUUCCUCUAUGGACCGCAGGCCCCGACGGCGUUUUCGAAUGGACCGAGUUGUACGCAGUUUCAGGCGGAGUUUGUGGAGGAGAUGAUGAAGAAAGUUCUGCAAGACGGGAUUACGAGGAUUGAUGCGAAGAAGGAGGCGGAGGAGGAUUGGUGUAGGAGGAUGAAUGAAAAAUGGAACGCCACGCUCUUCCCACUCGCCAAAUCCUGGUAUCAAGGAGCGAAUAUCCCCGGAAGAAAAGUUGAACCGUUGAAUUGGGCGGGGGGAAUGGUGGAGUAUACGGAUUCUUUGCAUAAGAGUUUGGAGAAUCAUUAUCAGGGUUGGAAUGUUUAUAAAGAGGGGGUGAAAGUUUGAAGUUUGAGUUGAAAUGAGAUGAGA